AUGUUAUUGGAUUAUACAGUUAAUCCAAUAAAUUAUGUCGUCCAGGCCGAACAAAAUGUCGCCCAGUCAGAAAUAAAAUGUCGCUUAAUUAGAACCUUACGAGAUGAAGAACUCUUUUUUUUUUAUGAAGAUGGACAAAACAAUAUUUAUAAUGAAAACGGUCAAUUAAGGUAUGUUUCUAUGGAGGAUGUCAUGUCAACUAUCGACGAUCCCAAUAUUGUUCUUGAAACUUUGGUUAAUCAUUCUUCUUAUAUGAAGAAUAAGCCAUUGGAAAAACAACCGACUGAAAACAAAAAGUCAACUACUUCAAAGCCAGUGAAAUUUGCCUCAAAGAGGAAUAAUGUGGACUAUAGCAUUAAUCAGAGGACAACAUUCAUCGAUCGUAUGAUCGAAUUACCUAUGGGACAGAGGUAUGCCGCUGUGGUCGGGAGAGAACUAGGUGUCAAAAAACGAACUGCUCAACGUUGGUGGAGAAGCUACAAAGAGAUUGGCGAAGUGCCUGUGGUCAAGGAGCUAGGAUUCAGUAAAGUUGGAAAGGACGCAGUACUUCUUAUCGAUGACAAGUACCUUAAUGAUGGGUUGUUGAAACUAUUAAAGAUGCUAAGAUACAUUUUCUCUGUCUUUGUGGAAACAAAUCAUUCUCAAAUUAGUCAACUCGUAAAGAGAAAAUAA